CUUUUUUUUACUUAUUUAAUCUAAUUUUCUCUCUAUUAACACGUAUUCUACAGCACCUUCCAGGAAGUUUAUACAUUUUGGAAAUGUGUAACUUUUUUUCAAAAUAUUUACAAAUUCUUUGAUUUACUUUUGGAUUCUCAAUCCAUAAAUUAUUGUUUUUAUUGAGAAAAACCAAUUAUUUGUAAUUUUAUUUACAAUUAAACUAUUUUUUGAGGAUUUUAGUCUUGAAUUUAAAUGUGCCUCAAAUAUACUGAUUAUCUUUCCUUUUGGGCAUCUUUUCCUUAAAAUGUCUAGGUUCUCAGCCCUUUUGAUUCAAAGAUUAUCGCAAAGUAAUAUAAAAGUGAAUGAGAACUGUACAUACUGGCGACCAAUACUACUAUGUUUAUCCAAUUGUGAAAAUGGCUUGGAUACAAGCCCGUCAAAAGUUGAGAGUUGUUUUGAAGGAAGGGCCUUAAACCAAUAUUUUAUCCAAAAAAGGAUAGCGGAAACUUCCAACUCCACAUUGUGGAGGUGUUUUGAUAUCAUCGAAAAUCAGUUUUUUUGCAUUAAAAUAUACUAUAUCACAGCCUGCAGAAAGGAAAGAUCAGUCAGGUUUUUCAGAGAUGACACUGAAGUUAUAACAAUGCUUGACAAGGUUAUAGAUGAAAUUAUAUACCACUCCUCACUACAGUCAUGCUCAGGUGUAUCUAAAGUUAAAGAAAUCAUAGUUGAUUUAGAGGGUGAUAUGAUUUUUUUCAUCAUGUCAUAUCACCACUACCAGCUAAUGUACUAUGAUUACUUUUCAAAUACUUAUCGUGUACCAUAUUCAGAUAAUUCAGGAAACAAAUACCUUUAUAAAGAGGAGUUCGCUAAGUUGAUUAUGAGACAACUAGUCCAUACUAUUCAGUAUUUCCAUGAAAACGGGGUAAUCCACAAGGAUAUCAAACCUGAUAAUUUACUAUUGCCAGAUGUUGACUCGACAAUGUUUGAACCAAUUGGAUCUCCUGAAGAAAAUUAUUCCACUUCUACUUUUACUGAUGAAUUAGUAGCUUGUGACCCCUCAAAGUUUAACAUUGAUGAAAUGUUUGAACAACUAGGAGGAUUGAACUGCAGCGAGAUUCUCACCUACAGAAUCGAUGAAAUUGCUGAUGUUAUCCCUAGAGAUAUAGUUUCACACGGGUUCCCUUAUAGUUAUUCAGAUCAGUUUGACUUUUUUUACAUGAUGUGGGAUGAUUGUGACACUCUGGUUGAUUUAAAUUAUUUGAAAAAUAGGAAGGGUGAAUUCAAUGUUGGAAAAAAUUCAUGGCUAUUUGCCUCAGAGCUUUCUAAAAAAUCACAACUCCACUCAAGAAACCUGUUAAAUUACUUUAUUGAGGAACCCACGAAUUUAAAUUACAAGAUUAAUCGCAACUUUAUCUGUAACGAAAUUGAAAACAGCUCUAAAGUUCCACUUCAUAGUGAUCAAGAGAAGAAUAUUGUGAUUGUUAGUGAUUUUGGAGUUGCUAGUCUGGCUGAAGAGGAGUCUGGAAAUUUGGUUAUUUUCGACUCUGAAGGAACCACAUCUUUCACCAGCCCUGAGAGUCUCAGGUAUGUUGAAGGCUCAAUUCCUGCUUCUGAAAGGGACGUUUUUGCACUAGGCGUUACCCUUUACUGUAUGAUAUAUGGCAAAUUACCCUACUUUGGGAACAACGGUAUAGAAAUGUUAAUAAAUAUUCUCGAAACCACACUAGUAUUUCACUCAUUUCGUGAAGUAUCUCAAGAUCUCAAAUUACUGUUAAGUCAUAUGUUACACAAAGAACAUGAUAAAAGGAUUAAACUAAAAGAUAUUUUAUCUCAUCCAUGGUUAAAUUCUUAAUAUACUAUCCUAAACA